AUGGCAUCGCGCAAAGCCACCCGCAGCUCACGGAUCGUUUUGGAGCGCUCGGCGAACUCGUCGCUGAGCAACGGAGGAGGAGGCGACGAGUCGUUGUGAGUUGGGCCGCCCGUCUCUAAGCUCUCUGGGCUCUCUCUUGCUUGCCUUGCCUGGAGCGCCCACUAGUAUUUGUGUGCUCGCCGCCGUCAUCCACUUCUUCCAUUUUCUGCAAUAAUGCCUUUCAGCGGAUCGACCAUCCUCGAGACUUCCCGUAUUCAGGAGAAGGACCAUUUGACGUCGCUCAACACUCGUCUCGCCACCUACAUUGACGUAAGUUUGGCGCUGCAAUCUGACGAUUUUUCUAGGUGUAUUUCAAAGCAAGCAGGUUCAUUGAGGGCUCAAUACUAAGCUAGGAAUCGUAUAGUCUUCAUCCUUAGCUCGAAUUGUAUGCGCAUGCGUGUCACAACACUAGAAAAUCUAUUAUUAGCAUCAUUUUCCGUCGCGAGCUCUAGUGACUACUCAAUUGAGAAACCCUUUAAUUUUCCAGAAAGUCCGUCAACUGGAGCAGGAGAACAACCGUCUCCAGGUCCAAAUCCGCGACAUUGAAGUCGUCGAGAAGAAGGAAAAGUCGAAUUUGGCGGAUCGAUUCGAGGCCGAAAAGGUAAUAUUUACUUAGUACCUAUGGGAAACUGACCUCCUUUUGCGGGCAGUAGUAACAUGACAAAUAGACACGGACGAGUGAUAAGUACGCGAAUAAUCUCUGUUUUUAGGCUCGCCUCCGUCGUGCGCUCGAUGCGGCUCAAGACGAGCUCGCGAAGAACAAGAUCGAGUACGAUGCGGCGAAGGUGGAAGUGAAGAAGCUGCGGCCGCAGGUCGAGAAGCUCGAGCGGGAGCGUGCCGGUGCCGAGGAACAGGCCAUGCACGCUCAAUCGAUCGCCGAUCAAUCGCAGGCGAAGCAGAAGACUCUGCAGGCGCGCAACGACAAGUUGACUCUCGAAAAUGAUGUAAGAAUCGAAAAAUUUGAGGGAAAACGGUAUUAAAUGAAGAAUUUUAGGACUUGAGAAAGCAAAACGCUCUGCUCCGCGAUAACGUGGAAGGUCUGAAGAAGGCCGUCGAGGACGAGACCCUACUUCGUGCGGCCGCCAAUAAUAAGAUCAAGGCGCUCGAGGAGGAUCUCGCGUUCGCCCUGCAGCAGCACAAGGGAGAGCUCGAGGAGGUGCGCCACAAGCGUCAGGUCGACAUGACCACCUACGCGAAGCAAAUUACCGACGAGUACCAAUCGAAGCUGCAAGACCAGAUUGCCGAGAUGCGUGCGCAGUUCCAGAGCAAUCUGGCGCAGAACAAGGCCGCGUUCGAGGAGGCCUACAAGAACAAGCUGAACGACGCACGCGAGCGUCAGGAGUCCGCCCUUUCGGAGGCCCUGCACCUGCGUGCUCGCGUCCGUGAUCUGGAGACCUCUUCCAGCGGAAGCGCUGCUCUCAUCGACCGUCUUCGCGCGGAACUCGAGCAGCUGAAGCGUUCGUUCCAGGAGAAACUGGACGACAAGGACGCGCGCAUCUCGGAGCUCAACCAGGAGAUUGAGCGCAUGAUGAGCGAGUUCCACGACCUGCUCGACGUGAAAAUUCAGCUGGACGCCGAGCUGAAGACCUACCAGGCACUGCUCGAAGGCGAGGAAGAACGCUUGAAUCUGACUCAGGACGCCUCGCGCAACACAUCCGUCCAUCACGUCUCGUACACUUCGGGAGGAGGAGCCGCCAGUGCUCAGCGCGGAGUCAAGCGCCGUCGUGUUGUGGAGGUGAACGGGGAGGAUCAGGAGGUCGACUACCUGAACCGUCGUUCACGCCUCAACAAGGAGACGUUCGGACCGGUCGGCAUCGACGAGGUCGACGAGGAGGGCAAGUGGGUCCGUGUGGCGAACAGCUCGGACGAGGAGCAGCAGAUGGGCGGCUACAAAUUGGUCGUGAAGGCGGGAAAUAAGGAAGCCUCGUUCCAGUUCUCGUCGCGCAUGAAGCUCGCGCCGCACGAGAACGCGACCGUCUGGUCGGCCGACUCGGGCGCCGUUCACAACCCGCCGCACGUCUACGUGAUGAAGAAGCAACAGGUGAGCACGGGAAAGUUAAGAGAAUUGUGAAAAUUUGAACUUCGAUCGAUCAAUGUUUUUCGAUCAAAAUCCAGCGAUUUCUGUUCAUCAUCAUAAAAAAAUGUCUCAUUUUGCAGUGGCCAAUUGGUGAGAACCCGUCGGCUCGGCUCGAAGAUUCCGAAGGCGACACGGUCUCGUCGAUCACCGUCGAACUAAGCGAAUCGUCGGAUCCGUCGGACCCGGCCGACCGUUGCUCGAUCAUGUAA